CUUGCUCUUCCUCAGCCCGAUCGCAACCACCGCACGACGCGCUCGUCAUUUUUGGAUCUUAUCAUCUCUCAACCCAAAGGUGCUAAGAGCAAACAUUUGUUAUUUCAAGCUUCCACCUUCAUGAAACUGGUCUCAACUCUCAAGUCCUAUGACUGGCAAUAUCUUAAAGAUUUUCAGCUACGCGGCCCACUAAACAUUAAGAUCUAGUCCACCACUGUGAUUGCUCCAGAGCUAAAGAAAAUUGCUGUCAGUUGUGCACAAACGGCGUUCAAUGUCGUCGUCAUCAGCGGCGGACCUCCUCCCUCGAAAGGAGGCAAACGUUCUAAAAGGCCACGAAGGAGCCGUCCUCGCCGUUAGAUUUAAUGGCGACGGAAACUACUGCCUGAGCUGCGGCAAGGACCGAACCCUUCGCCUCUGGAACCCUCACCGUGGUAUCCACAUCAAGACCUACAAGUCUCAUGGGCGUGAAGUCCGCGAUGUCCACGUCACCUCGGAUAACACAAAGCUGUGUUCUUGCGGUGGAGAUCGGCAGUUGUUCUAUUGGGAUGUUUCGACGGGGAGGGUUAUUCGUAAAUUUCGUGGACACGAUAGUGAGGUGAAUUCUGUUAAGUUCAAUGAGUACGGAUCCGUGGUAGUAUCUGCUGGAUAUGAUCAGUCAGUCCGUGCGUGGGAUUGUAGAUCUCAAAGUGCAGAGCCAAUUCAGAUCAUCAAUACAUUUUCAGACAGUGUGAUGUCUGUUUGCUUGACAAAGACCGAAAUUAUUGCUGGGAGUGUUGAUGGUACAGUUCGCACCUUUGACAUUCGAAUGGGAAGAGAAACGGUUGAUCAUUUGGGUCAGCCUGUCAAUUGUAUCUCAUUAUCGAAUGAUGCGAACUGUGUGUUAGCUAGUUGCUUAGAUUCUACUCUACGCCUUUUAGACAGAUCUACUGGAGAACUUUUGCAAGAGUACAAAGGGCAUACUUGCAAGUCUUUCAAGAUGGAUUGCUGCUUGACAAAUACUGAUGCUCAUAUUACCAGUGGAUCAGAAGAUGGCUAUAUUUACUUCUGGGAUUUAGUAGAUGCCUCAGUUGUUUCAAGAUUCCGAGCACAUGCCUCUGUGGUGACAAGUGUAAGUUACCACCCAAAGGAUUGCUGUAUGGUAACAUCCUCUGUGGAUGGCACCAUUCGUGUUUGGAAAACAUGAGCCGAAGUAACUCGCAACUAUGCCAUGUCAAUUGCUAGGAAUGGGAGAAAGAUGAGCUAUAUUUGACUCAGAAGAUCAUCCCAAAAUUACAGAGUUCAUAUUUUGAUAAGCCAAUCAUGAUUUGUAUCCUCGUGUUCUUAUUUUCAAACUAGUUGUAUUGGGGAAAACCCCAUACUUGGUUGGUGGUGUUGUACAGCGUCGAUGAUCCCUUUCUUCGUUAUAAGCUUGUCUGGUAUGGAUCUGAAACUUUGAAGACAAAUACGAAAGUUGAUUAUAACUUUAAAUAGCAUAGCUUUCAGGGAGUAUGGUAGAUAUUUCAAGCAGGUGAUCUGAUUUCAUCAUGCUCUUUGACAUAUUCAAGUUCUGGUGUAUGGCUCUGAUUAUUUGUUACUGUGUAAGAUUUGUUGCUCUCCAAAUCGAUAGCGAAAUCUUAUUUCAGACGUAGAUUUUGUUUA